CAUCAUCACUGCACAGUUCAUCACUGGUGUGUGCGGUGCAAAGGUCAGAAUGACCGCAGGCUUCUGUCAGCGCUGUCUGCAUUACGCGUUUGACUAUGAAACACCCAAAACACUGGUUAUUCCAACCAUUGAGGUAGGAUGUGUCUUCAGGUUCACCCAGCUUCUGGUGGUGCUGUAUGUGGUGGGGUAUGUGUGUGUGGCGCAGAAGGCCUACCAGGAGAAUAACUCUGUCAUCAGUAGUGUCACCACCAAAGUCAAAGGUUUUGCCUUCACCAACACAUCUUACAUGGACCCCCGGUUUUGGGAUGUGGCGGAUUAUGUUAUCCCAUCCCAGGGUGAUAACUCAUUCUUUGUUUUAACCAAUGUGGUUGUUACCCCCGGUCAGACUCAGUCACGCUGUCCUGAGCUUCCAAACCCAUCAACUGCCUGUGUGGAUGAUUGUGACUGCAUGGAAGGAUACACUGAUCCACGAGGCAAUGGUAUACAGACAGGGCUGUGUGAGAACUAUACCACAACUGCCAAGACCUGUGAAGUGCUCUCAUGGUGCCCUCUUGAAAUAGACACUAAGCUGCCCAAACAUGCACUGCUGGCUUCAGCAGAGAACUUCACUGUGUUGAUCAAAAACAGCAUAACAUACCCAAAGUUCAACGUUCACAGAAGAAAUAUUCUGCCACAUAUUAACUCCUCCUACCUGAAGAGGUGUGAAUUCAACCGUGCAACAGACCCUGACUGUCCCAUAUUUCGCCUGAAAAGCAUUGUCUCAGAGGCUGGAGAGGAAUUCCAAGACAUGGCUGUAAAGGGUGGUGUCCUCGGUAUUAUUAUUGACUGGAGCUGUGACCUGGACUGGUGGGCAGGGAAAUGUUACCCCAAGUACAGCUUCCGCAGGCUGGACAGCAAACAUCCGGUCAACAAUGUGGCUCCUGGAUACAACUUUAGGUUUGCAAAAUACUACAAGACCCAAGAUGGAGAAGAAACUAGAACCUUAAUCAAAGCAUAUGGGAUCCGGUUUGAUGUCAUUGUAUUUGGAACUGCAGGGAAAUUUGGAAUUGUACCAACCAUAGUGAACUUGGCUGCAGCAUUAUCUUUCCUAAGUUUGGUCCCCGUUGUUACUGACUGGUUUAUGCUGUCAUGCACGCGUAAAAGAGAUCUUUACAAAAAACACAAAGUCACAAAUCUGAAUGAGGAUGGGGAAACUGAAUCAGUGUCAUUGGGAACGGGCACCAGCUAUGGAACCCAGUGACAUGGUCUCAUCAACAUGGGAACAUUUUU